AAUAGGCGUUAUCCCACCGAGUAUACAUAAAGAAAACCAUUCUCUAAAUUGGUCAGUUAUAUGACCUCCGAAAUUUGACUUUGCUCUUGUACAUUUUACCUCUCUCUCCACUACUCCGUACAGUUUGAGUGAAAUCAAGCUGAUAAGUGCGUACCGCCUUUAACACGCUAACCGGAUAAAAAUGAAUGCAUCGCAGAACGUAACGGUCCCUGAGCAUGUUCACACACAGCAUACAUAACAUGAAAGAUGCGACGGUAUGAAUCAAGUGUCAUGGUCUUUCCUUAACGAAUUUUAUGAUUGAUAUGACUUAUGGGAGUUGGUAGUUAGGAGUGUGUUUCUCGUGCUAAAAAUAAUUAACGAUGGAGCAAGCAUCAUCAAGCUCAAAAGUUACAGGUAACAAACAUAUUCUCAGAAUAUUCAAUGGGACUGUGCAUUUGCUAAAACCAUCAAGUUGAAUAUUUCGAUCCUGAUAACGUAUAUCCGCUCCUGUCGCCAGGACUUCUGCCUCGACUACCCCUUCGAAACCUGCACUGGGAAUCACAUGCCGGUCCUCUCCGUUCCAUAUCCUCCCUCCAUGUCGACCUCAUUAAACACAAUCCAGACUCCGGUCUAAACGCACCAUCAGUGCCCCUUAAUUCUAGUACAUCCGACCUAUCGCGAGUAAGAAGUGCGGACUCUGGCAUCAGCGCAGAUGAUGGUUUUCGCACACAAGCAACUGGCCAAGCUGCUGUUGACAAGCCGCCGACACUCUAUCGAUCCACUACCACAAGUUCGGCCGUGAAAGGUCGCAGACAUCAAAUACCUGGGUUAAGGCAGACACCAUAUUUGAAGAUUUUGUUUUUGCGCUGCGAUGAUAAUGAUACAUACAAGUCUCAUGGCCGGAAGCAGGUUCGAGAAUGGAUAAAGGAACAUACCCCAUCAUCCGCGAACAAAUCCACUUCGCAGGAAAAUCAUGACAAUUUUGAAUAUCUCAUUGUGCAUGUAAUCGUUCCGAAUACUGCAGCAGCUACGCAGCCUAGAACGAGUGGGAAAAAUGCGGAUGGUAGUUCUGGGUCCGCAAGUGAAAAAUCUACAGCACUUUGGAGAGGCGGUGGAUCAUCUACGAUUCUCGAGAAACUGAGAGCAGAUUUCAAUGGCUCAACGAAGUCUGGCGUUGAUAGAAUUGCUCAGAUCCGCAUCGGUAUCAAUGAUGUUCCAUAUAACAUGCUCCCUCGUGUUGUUCCAGCGAUCCCUGGCUCAUAUACGGAAACGCCGCAAGAGAAUGAGAAUGCUUGGAUUGAUCUCAUUUCGAAGCUCAAAUUCUUGAUAUUGCAGUCAUUUGAUAUGCGGGUGACCCAGUACGAAGAAAACAUUCGCGAAAAGGAUAGUCAAAGAAGUUUACCCGGCUGGAACUUCUGUACAUUUUUUGUACUUAAAGAAGGACUUGCGAGAGGAUUUGAAAGCGUUGGCUUGAUUGAAGAUGCUUUGGUGGGCUAUGAUGAGCUUUCUAUUGGCUUGGAUACCAUUGUUAGACAUCAAGCUGCUGCAGAGUCCGGAACUCAGCACGGUGGUUCUUUUCUGCCCUAUACCGAAGAGCUUAGGCUCCAGGCAGAGCGAGCAAGAGAGGCUAUAUUGAAAGAUAUAGGCUUCGAAGGUACAGAGUCAGAGGUGCCGAUUGAUUUACAUUCCAUGGGUGAGGCUCUCGAUAGGGAGGAUGUUGAGAUACCAAUUAACGCAUCCAAGAAGCGAUACCGAGAACUUAUUCUUGCGAAUGAUGUCUCAAUAUUUGACUUUCGUUGCUAUUUAUUUGCUCGUCAGUUAACCCUCUUACUGAGAUUAGCAAAUGCAUGGUUUACACAAGAAGAAUUACUCGCAAAGUUGAAAGAACAGAGAGAAUCAAGCCUACUAGGUGUGGCUGCUAGACUUCCAGCAUCACAGCCCUCAGACGAUACUGAAAACCUUGCUGUGCUUGGUGAGAUUUGUAACCGAGCAAUGGAAUUUAUUCGUGCUAUAUCAAAUAUCAUGCGUGAAGAUAUUUGGAGUGCUUAUUUCCACUCUCAAAAGGAAAUUUCGUACGAAAAGGCAAAAUCAGAUUUCAAGUCAGAUCCUGUAAUGAAUCAAGUAAUUGAAAAUGUUGUUUCCUCUUUCACAUUUUCUCUUGCUCAACAAAUACUUGCACAAACUUCAACAAAAGCGUUGCCUAUACCACCCUCAACAUUGGCGCCUCCUGGUAGUGGUGCCGAACCAAAAUCUGCAAUCCCCGAACCUAAAACCAUGAUGCAUCCUGCCAGGACGACCUCUCUCGCCCUCCGAUCGUCAUCUCGAGAGCCUCCAAGCCCCGGACUAUUUCCCGGAGCUCGAAGGGCUAGCUCACCUGGUCCUAAUGCAGGUCCGUCGGCCUUCCUUAAAAACGGGCUGGAGGAACUUGCUGCCCACCGAGCUGAACUCUAUUUGCUCUCUCGGAGUGUUCUAGAGCAUGUUGGUAAACAACGUGAAUGGACUACCGGUUGGGAAAAUAUAAACAAGCAUCAAGACGAGGAUGUGGAAGUCAUGGAAGAGGUUAACCUUGACGAGGAGGCGCCGUCAGACAAAGACGAAAUACCUGUCCCAAACCAAGUCCCGCCUUCUUUACGCGGCAUUGACAGCAAGUUGCUCCGGACAGCACUAGACAAUAAAGAAGACUAUUAUCGUCUGUACGAGACCCUGACUGACAAAGCACUUCGGCAUUAUACUGUGGCAAAUCGCACUCAGUCUGUGCAAACCAGCAUGGCAGAUUUGGCUAUUCUUAAAUUUCACUUGAAAGACUAUGCUGCUGCUGCCUCUUAUUUUUAUCGCAUCACUCCGUUUUACGGGGAUUCCUCAUGGACACAAGUUGAAGUAUCGCUGCUAGUAAUGUAUGCUAAGUGCCUCAAGGAGCUGAGUCGUAACGAUGAAUAUGUUAAAGUUGUGCUGAAACUUCUUGCGAGGGUGGCUAUGAUGGAGAAAGAAAAACUUACCAGAAAGUUAGCCUUUAGAUUCGGUCCAAUGAGUACCUUUGACGAAGGAGAUGACAUGCUCAGUGAUACAUAUCUAAAUGAAUUGUUAUUAAUAACGCAAACACUGUCUCGUGACAUUCAUGUCCCCCUGCAGGAUUACUUUAGCAGGAUUGAAGUAGAUGGGACUCCACAAUAUCAUACCAGCCAGGAUAGUUUCGGAUUAUAUCUUCGACUCCAGUACUUACUGAAAGAGGACUUCAACAUCGACAAGGCCCGGGUGAGGAUUAUCCCAUUGAUGGGCGGUCCUGGUCGAGAAAUUUGGCUUGAGACAAAUGCCGCAAUUAUGUUUAAGAAGGGAUGGAAUAAAUUAUACGUUCAGAGUAAUGUAAGUGAGGGAGAUCCGUUAAAAUGAUAAUUUCUGAUGGUUAUAGACUAUAAUCCCUGGCUCUUACCAAGUUACUCAUGUUGUUCUCCAUAGUAGCAAGAUUGUCAUGGAGUAUUCGCAUGAUAAUAUCGGGCAUAUCGCUACAAGAGACAGUAGCUUUUUCAAAUGCCCAAAGCUACUUAUUUAUCAACGCGCAGAAGCUUUCAAUGCCAAGCUCUUUUCUUCCAAGUGCAUGUAUCUAGACCAAAACCGUUCUCUAGAGAUUGAGCUGUCGUCGGGUUGGAAUAUUGUCACAAAUGGCCAACUUCAAAUUCGUGCAGCAACAGCUGGGCUGCGGCUUCAAACCAGCGAAGUCACUGUUAUUGGUGGAGAAGUCGAUAUUUCAAAAAAGCGGGAGGUAGGAGUUGUUCACUAUGGUGCAAUGGACGCAAAAACUAUCGCAAGAAUACGAGUACCUUUCAAUCUCGAGCAUGAAGUGAACGAAGUUAGUCUCCGACUUGAAUUAUCAUACACUACGAAAGAUGGAGACUUCUUCUUCGCCACAACCUCUUCAGUAUCGAUCAUGCUUCCAUUGGGCGUCAACGUUCAAGAUGUAUUUAAGCAUAGAGCAUUGUUUUCUAAGUUCACCAUCUCAACAUCUACAAAUAGUCCCCUUCGACUCCUUAGCUCAAAGCUUGAAAAGUCGGAAAUUUUUGAAGCACAAAGUGGACUUGGUCUGACAAGCCCUCUGACCAUAUUUGCCCGUCAACCAGCGUCUCUAUUAUACAAAAUUAUCAAGAGAAAAUCGCCCUCAACUACAACUGGUCGAGGGAAGUCCCACAAGCCGAGAACUUUAUCUCUCAUAUUACACUAUAUUUGUCUUGACGAAGAAGUCUAUGAUGUUGUCGCACAAGUUCUGGGAGAGUUCUUCGAGGGAAAUUCUUUACGUCCAUAUACUCGCCUAAUAAUACCUGUCAUUCUCGCGGAGAUACGAACACAGUUUCAAGCAUAUGAUUUUGAAAAAGCAGCCAUACUUGGGGAGAUACCUACAUCUCCCAUUCUCAACAUUAGAUGGCAUGACCACUUUUCGGGUCUGGGCAACUCCAUCGAAGAAGAUCAAGAUACUGCCGUUCUCAUUGGAAACAUACUCAAGGACUGGCAGGAACAAAACCCUGCCAUUAUUUUGCCGCCUCUAUCUAUCGAUAAUGAUGCCAUCUCGAAAAGCCGAUCUAUCGUAAUACCCGUAGAUGUUCCUUCAGUAACGGUGGUGCAUACUGCAGAUCUAAGGCUGCUUCAGACAGCAUCCAUAGCAUCUAGUUGUGCUGUAGCAGCAGCGAACGAACCAAUACCAGCAUCAUUACACCUAAAAUCGACAAGGAACUGGGAUACUGCCUAUCAAGAUGACACAGCAAGCCCAGAAGAAGAUUUAGAAUUCGUAUAUGAGGUUACAGGACCAUCAGACUCAUGGCUUAUCGGUGGUAGGCGAAAAGGACACUUUAAAGUUCCUAGAACGAUAGAUGGCAAGAAUCAUAAGUCGACUUAUCCUAUUGUAUUAAUUCCCCUUCGAGAAGGGUUCUUACAAUAUCCUACCGUCGAAAUCAAAGCACUUCAUAGCACCCGAAGUGUCAGGCCAGGAUCAUCGGGUGGCGGAGAGGAAAGUGUUAAGAGUAGAGCACGGCCUGUCACUUGCGAAACUGACAGCAAGAAUACGGGCGAAACUAUUCGAAUUAUAAGUGAUGCUAGGAAGACAACUAUGAGCUUAGAUGCUAGUGGACCUCAAGGAGGUGCUUGGUUGUUAGAAAGCGAGAGAAGGCCAGCAGGAGUUGGAGGUAUUGUGAUAGAUUGACGGUCUUACCUUGCAAGAUAAUUUUGGAGCAAUGAAGUUUGAAUGUAGAUAACCACUCGUGAUGGAUAGUACGGUCUGAGUGAACGUUAACGUUCUUAAUGAAUUGGUAUAGUGAGUGAGGUAUUCAGAUGACUGCUGCUUGUUAAGUGGCAAAUAACAAAACAUAAAUCAAAUGGCUUUCCUCUUCCAAAAAGAUGCAUAUCGUCCUAC